UGACCAGUCAGUGACAUAGUGUCGCUGCUUAUGAAAUUGAGACAUGCGAAAGGCCACUACCAAGAUUUUUUUUUAUUCCUAUCUUUGGUUUUAGACAGAUUUUACUCAAGGUAUUGAUUUUCUUUAGAAAUAAGGAACAAUUCCUUUUUUUAAAGAUCUCUGAAAGGUAGAACCGAUUUCUACGGACUUUUCUUGGUAAUUCUAGUUGAUUUUGUUUCAGCUAUAAGUAUUGGUGUUCUUUUGGUUUUUGGUUUGCCAUUGCAAAAAUGAAGAAUAAAUACAGUCCUGUUUCAGACUCUGACGAGUCUUUCAAAACGCUCAUUGAUGAGAAAUCAGAUAUACAUUCUUCAGAGGGUACGCCUCCUCCGUAUUCAGCUCCGAACAAAUUUAUUGAUUUAGAAAUGGCUGAUGGAUCCACUCAACAUUCUGCCCAAGAGUCCACUAACAUUACUGGGUCGAAUUCGACAUAUUCAAAGUGGGUUUCAGCGAAUAUCUUCUUUUUUUUGCGUCUCUUGUCAAUGUCUCAAAUUCCUAAAGAAUGGUUCAAGCAAACUGGUAGAGUGCUGUCCUACUUAUUCACGCAAAUUCGUAGUGUACUGCCCAACAUGUGUGUCGCAGUAAUAUGUACGGCUUCUCUGAAUGUCGUUGGUUUCGUCUUCUAUCGUAAUGUAAAGAAAAUAAUAGGAUUUGAAAAGAUGAACGAUAUUGCUUUCUAUGGUGUCUGCUUUUUUAACGUUGCCUUGUUUGUUUUAUUUUGGAGUACGACGGAUACGCGACAACUUCGAACAUUCAUUGCUGAUUUAGGAAACGGCAUGGGAAACAGCAUAAGAAAUGCUACGAAUUAUGUUCGACCGACAGAUCCAGAAAAUGAAGCACCUCGUAACGAGGAAAUCGAGCUUCAACCUUUUGCUGGGCAAAGCGGUGAAGUUUGAGUUUUAACGAAUCUUCUCCAUCCCUCCUAUAAAUCACAUUUUCCUUACAAGCAUUCAUAUCAAUUGCAAUCCCUCAAGUUUCUGCAUUCUUGUCCACAAAAGUAAGCAUCAGCUUGAUAUGACGGGUUUGAUUGCUUUUCACGUUCACUCUUUUAUGGAUCUACGAAUUCGUCUCGCAAUAGUGUUAUUUAUAAAUCGUUCGUUUUCUUUUUGUGAUGAACAUCCUUAUUAAUCCACCCUUUUUUAAUAGUCAUUUAGUUGUUAUGACGAUAAUCUUGCAAAAUAGUCAACCGAUUUCUAAUUCAAAGCUGGACAUAUUCAGAUUGGCCGUUUCAACUAAUGUAGUCUAAUAAUUUACUUCUCAAACUACAGCUUCGUCAACUGCUAUAAAUUCAGACAUUUGGUCUCACACCUCAACGACAAUUUAGCACAAUGUGAA